AUGCAGGCAUCGGCACCGCCCGCUAGCCAGGGCAGCGCUCGCACAAAGCGCAGCCGGCAGCAACGGAGCCGUCGCCAAAAGCAGAAGCAGCAGCAACGGCAGGAGGGGACCAUCUACCGUCCUCCUCAAAUGCGGUUGCAGCAGCUGACCCAACCCCAGGGUCAGCAGAUGCAGCAGAAGCAACAGCAGCAGCCGCAGCGGCAGCUGUACGCGUCGGUAGCAGCGACGGUGCCACUCCAGCAGGCAGGCGGCACCUGGUCGGUGGUGGGGCCCCGCAAGCAGCCGCGUACAUCGGUGCAGCAGCAGCAGCCACGCAGCCAGCAGCAGCAGCGAGUUCGUCGCAUGAAGAGCGGCGUAAUCGAGGUGGUACCUCAGGCCGGGAAGACGUGGGUCGAGGUAUACACUAAGGUCCGUCGCGCUUUGAACCAGGACGAGAGCAUGCGUGACAUCGCCCAGCACGUCAAAAUGGGCAAACGCACGCGCGUUAACAAUCUUCGUCUUCCGCUUAGCCGGUCCGCCGACACGGAAGGGAUCCGCACGAAGAUCCAGGAGCUGCUGGGUGAGGAAGCGACCAUGAGUGACCUCAUCGUCAGCCACAUCGAUCCUUCGGCCACCGAGCAGGAGCUGCGUGAUGCUCUCGACGCAGCGAUCGAGGGCAAGGCAGGAAUCACCACGCUCAGCAUGUGGGAGCGUUUCGACGGCGUCAAGACUGCUCGUGUCCGACUACCGGCAAAGCAGGUGAAGGCGCUCUCUGGGCGGUCCAUCAAGCUGUGCGGCUGCAUUAGCUACCUAGACGAGGCUAUGCCAGCACCAGUUGAGCGACAGCGUUGCUAUCGCUGUCUGCUCCUGGGCCACCUGGCUCGCGACUGCCGCUAG